AUGCAUAGUGAUUGUGAUCCACCUGCGGAUGGCAUGAUGCGUUCGGAGCAUACACAACUCAACGGUGCGCCGGUGGUGAAGAAUAUCAUGGUGACUGGGGGUGCCGGCUUCAUUGGCGGCUGGUUCAUUCGCCAUCUGAUGCGGGCCUACGGUGACCGUUAUGCUGUGACCUGCUUCGAUAGUCUCGACUAUUGCGCGGCGACUUUUCAUUUUGUCAAAGGAGAUAUCUGCGCUCCAAAGGAUGUAGAAAAUGUGCUCCACAACUACCAUAUUGAUUCUAUUAUCCAUUUCGCUGCUAGGUUCCAUGUCGACACAUCACUCAACGACCCUCUGUCUUUUACACAAACCAAUGUCAUAGGCACCCAGGUGCUGCUAGAGAUUUCUCGAAAGCUAAGCUCGAUCAAACGAUUUAUCCACGUGUCCACCGAUGAGGUAUACGGCGAGAACGAUACUCGACGCCCUUUGGCCUUCACCGAGGAGCAAAGCCUACACCCCACAAGCCCAUACUCAGCCAGCAAGGCCGCGGCCGAGAUGAUCGUCCAGGCAUAUCGAAAGUCGUCUCGCAUGCCAGCCAUUAUUGUGCGAUGUAAUACUGCGUUUGGGCCACAUCAAUUCCCUGAA